GCCUGGUGAGCGAAGUGCCACCGUGUCCAAAGUGAGCUGAGCUCGCCUCGCUCGCGAGACGUUUUGUUUACAGCGGCUGCUGCGCUUAUGGCCUGCGAAGUUACGAGGCCAGAAACCCUUUAUUAUUUUAUUACUCACGCAGAUUCUCUCGUUGCAAGGGUCAUUAUACGAAAGCUCCAAUCUGGAUCGAGGCGGCAACAACAGGAAGAAGAAAAUAGAGGAAUUCUCUAGGUCUUCUCGGGAAAAAAUAGUCCAGUCGAAGAACAAAAUGUUCUCCAAAUUUACGUCGAUUCUCCAGCAUGCAGUGGAAGCGCUAGCUCCAUCGCUGCCACUGCAGGAAGACUUUGUCUAUCACUGGAAAGCCAUCACACAUUAUUACAUUGAAACGUCAGAUGACAAAGCGCCAGUCACAGACACCAAUAUUCCAUCCCACCUGGAACAGAUGCUGGAAAUUCUCAGUCAGGAGGAACUCGAACGGGAGUCUGGGGAGACUGGGCCCUGCAUGGAGUAUCUUCUGCACCACAAGAUCCUGGAGACACUUUACACGCUGGGCAAGGCAGAUUGUCCUCCAGGAAUGAAGCAGCAGGUCCUGACCUUCUACACAAAGUUGCUAGCACACAUCCGUCAACCACUCCUGCCACACAUCAAUGUUCACAGACCAGUUCAGAAAUUGAUCCGUCUGUGUGGGGACGUACUUGCCGCUCCUACAGAAAAUGAAGAGAUUCAGUUCCUUUGUAUAGUUUGUGCCAAACUGAAGCAGGAUCCAUAUCUUGUCAACUUCUUCCUUGAGAACAAGUUAAAACAGAGAAAUGAGAACAAGAGUCCAGGCGGGGCAGAUGGGCAGAAGGACGCUGUGUUGGCUCCAGACACGGGUCAAGAACACGCAGGAGGCAGUGAGGCAGCACAAGCUGCCGCCGCUACCUCAAGUCCGAACAAAAAUAACAACAGCAAUUAUAAUCUGGUGACCUCGCUGCUCAACCUUAGCAAGAGCCCCGAUGGCCGGAUUGUGGUGAAGGCUUGCGAAGGCCUCAUGCUGCUAGUCAGUUUACCCGAGCCCGCCGCCGCCAGGUGCUUGACUGAGAACACUGAGCUCUGUGAGCUCCUGACCGACAGAUUGGUCAGCCUCUAUAAGGCCCUUCCCCCAUCCAUGGACCCUUUGGACAUUGAGACAGUGGAGUCCAUCAACUGGGGCCUUGACGUGUAUAAUGUGAAGGAGGAUGGCGCAGUGUUUGCAGGGAAGAGGCCUCUCAUUUCCUUCCUUUCUUGGCUGGAUUAUUGCGACCAGCUCAUUAAAGAGGCUCAAAAGUCGGCGGCCUCUGUGAUGGCCAAAGCAGUGCGAGAAAGAUUUUUUGUUUGCGUGAUGGAGCCGCAGCUUAUGCAGACGUCUGAGGUGGGCAUCCUCACCUCGACGGCCCUUCUCAACAGGAUCAUCCGCCAGGUGACGUCGGAGGCUCUGCUUCAGGAGAUGGUGUACUUCCUGUUGGGGGAGGAGAGCGAGGCCGAGACGCCGUCCACCGUGGCUCAGAAUCCCGUCAGGCACAUACUCAUCGAACACUGUGACCACAUUUCAGACGAGAUCAGCAUCAUGACUCUGAGGCUCUUUGAGCAGCUCAUUCAGAAGCCCAACCAGCACAUCCUACACAGCUUAGUGCUGCGGAACCUCGAGGAGAGGAACUACCUGGAGAACAAACCUCCCGAGGAACGAGAGCCCAUUGAAAACGGCCAGCCUCAUGAUGCUGUAGACCUGGAGGAGGAUCCGCUGUUUGGCGACGACCUCUCUCCAAACAGCAGGCUGCCGUCUUCCGAUUGGCUCAGCCCGUCGCACAGUCCGGACCACUCCAAGUCUGAGGGGAAAACGGAAGUCCACAAGAUUGUCAACAGUUUCCUGUGUUUGGUGCCCGACGAGGCAAAGUCGUCCUACUUCGUGGAAGGAAGCGGCUAUGACACGUACCUUCGAGACGCGCACAGACAGUUCCGGGACUACUGCGGCGUCUGUCAUCGCUGGGACUGGAGAGGAAUCCCCAAACCCUUUGAGAAAUGCAACUUGGAAGUCCCGUUCUUUGAGGGGCACUUCCUGAAGGUCCUCUUUGACAGGAUGGGGCGCAUUCUAGAUCAGCCGUAUGAUGUCAACUUGCAAGUGACGGCGGUUUUGUCCAAACUGUCCUUGUUGCCGCACCCCCACCUGCACGAGUACCUGCUGGACCCCUACAUUAACUUGGCUCCCGGAUGCAGGUCCUUGUUCUCCGUAGUCGUCAGGGUGGUGGGUGACCUCAUGUUGAGGAUUCAGCGCAUCCCAGACUUCACCCCUAAACUGCUGCUGGUGAGGAAGCGAUUGUUGGGACUGGAGCCCGAGGGCAUCACUAUCGACCACAUGACUCUGCUGGAGGGGGUGAUCGUGCUGGAGGAGUUCUGUAAAGAGCUGGCGGCUAUCGCCUUCGUCAAAUACCACGCCACUGCCUCGUCGUCGCCGUAGCGUCCGCCGUGCCCUUCUCGUCGGGCCGCCUGAACGUCGACGGUUGGUCGUCCGUGCUCGACGGGCCGUGUGGCUUUCGGGCUCUGAGUUCCAACACUGCCAAUUCAGCAGAGGAACAAGAUACAGACUGAAGAUGGGCAACCUCUGCGUGUUCUUUUACUGCCCAGCCACUCAUCAUCAUCAUGGACAUAAUGUGUGUGUGACAAACAGAUGUGUGUAUUUAUUUGCAGUCAUGGAUGUCAUCGCCUUAGUGUGGAAGCACACCUUUUCUUUUUAGAACAUUUUUAUCUUCAUCGACAUGCAGUUGACAUUCUCCUUGGACUGUAGUAACAAUACUACGCACACCUUUUAAAACGCCAAUUUCUCUUUAAUUUAUUGAUUUGCUUUCAGGUCGCCUUUCUUUUUAAACUGUCGUCGUAUUAGGAUGCUUUUAAUUCAGUCAACGAACUGAAGCUUUUUCUUCAUCAUCCAAAGGUGUCAGCAUCCAGCGUGGUGCGUUUAGGAACUUUUGCACAUGCACUUGUUACAUUUUCGCUUGCAUUUGUACAAAGAUACAAGGCUUCUCAUAGUUCCCAUUCUGUAUGUAAAUGUUUUCCUUCCCUGAGCCACUGAGCUCAUCUCUUAAGUUGCUAUGCCUUCUUCUACAAACUUGUAUUUAAAAGCAGUGUUGUGUCUCGGAUGACCCAAAAGUGUACUGUAUUAAUUUCAUGGUGAGGUGUUGGUUGCUUGAAAUCAACAACUUGCUACACUUUUGGGAAGUCAAGAUUGUCCUCCAUGUAUUUUGUGUGUAGUUAUUAGGUUGGUGUUUCAGCACUUGUGUGGGGACGCGAGAGAUUUGUGUUGCGGUCCUCCGCCAGUCUUGAGCUGUUGAUGGAAGUGCUCGCACAGGGUCACAUUUGCACAUUUGUAUUUCUUCACACUUGCUCAUUAUGUAAAUAUAUAACACAAAUUAUGUGUAUUUUUUCCUCUUUCAUAAACCAAAUAUAGGAGUAAUGUUCCUAUUUUCCAGGACUUGCUUUUUUUUUUUUUUUUUCUUAAAUGGUCAAUCAUGCAUAUUUUAUUAUCAGCCAUCUUACCAACUUUGAGUGUUAAGUUGUGUAUUGUGUGUGUACAACAAUAGCAAUAUAGAAAUAUACUACCUGGUGUCAUUGCAUGCCGUGGCAUUAUUUUCUUUGACAAAAGAGAGCAGAAGGCUGAUUGGCUGAGUUCACAGUGACACGUGAUGCCUUACUUCUACUCUUCAUCUUUUUAGUUACAUCAGCUCGCCUUGCCAUGACUAUGUUAGCUUUUUUGCUGACAGUGACCGGUCACUGUUGUUUGUAAUUGCAUCCUUACUCUGUUGUUUCUUUUCUGAUAUGAAAGAAAGUGAAGCCUUGUUUUCUUUGUAUGGCUAUUUUGAUUUGUGCAAUGCAGACGUGAGACAUUGUGCAUGAUCUUCCCUCCUGGUGCUUCACUGAGGAUUUGAAACGCAAGCAUUGUGUUCUCACUGACUAUUUAUUCCUCCCUUAUCACUUCAGUUCUGUUAAGACAAUGUGGUCUUGUUCAACUUUCUCCAUCUCAAUAAAAGAUGUAUCCCUGCUGGGUU